UUUUGUGCGCGCGUUCCGGACGGUACUGAUUGCCGCGUGUGUGCGUCGUCGUCAUCAUUUUGCCGCCGUCGUUGUCGUAGUCGUAAUUCGUGCGAAAGCAAACCCAAAACGAAGCUGGCACAUAAAAAUGUUAGCAGCAGAGAAAAUGUUCAACAAAUAUUGUAAGCGGCAAACCAAAUUGAAAAUAUAAAAUAAUCAAACUUUUGCCAAGUGAAAAUACGAUAUAAACAAAUAUAAAGAAACAACAAAAAUUAUAACAAAAAUAAAAACAAAUAAGUCAAGUAAAAGGAAAGAAGAAGAAAAAGCUGAACAGCAAUCAAACGCAGCCACAACAACAACUGGCGCAAAUGAAGCAAAGGCAGCGACGAUCGUUGGCGUCGUCGUCGCUGCGGCGCGUCAACAAAAAACCAGCAGCAGAAAAGAGAAGAAUAACAACAACAGCUUGGCUCAAAAUGCUACUGCCGUCGCUGCAGACGUCGACAGCGCUGCUUGUGUUGGUGCUCGGCUUUGCCGCAUUUAGCUUGGACAGCUGCUCAUGUUACGCGGAUGCUAUAUCCCAACAACAACAAGCACCACAACAACAGCAGCAACAGGCGCCGCGUUUUACAACGCAUCCUUCGUCAUCGGGAUCCAUUGUGAGCGAAGGACGAACGAAGAUUUUACAGUGUCUUGCGUUGGGUUCGCCACAGCCCACAUAUCGUUGGCUCAAGGAUGGCAUACCCGUUGCCGAUUAUUCAUCCAGUCAAUUUUAUCGCAUUCACAUCACAAGACGCGAGGAUGCCGGCAGCUAUCAGUGCAUUGCCAGGAACGAUGCUGGAUCUAUAUUGAGUGAAAAGAGCGAUGUUGUUGUUGCCUAUAUGGGCAACUUUGAGAACACCACCGAGGGUCGCUUAACCGUUGUCAGCGGUCAUCCGGCGAUAUUUGAUAUGCCCGUAAUUGAUUCGAUACCAAAACCAUCCGUCGAUUGGCAAACGGUGGAGGGACCUCUAAACUAUGACAUCAAAUAUGCCAUCACGCAUUCCAAUCAAUUGAUCAUCCUCAGUGCCGACGAGAACGAUAGUAAAGCGUAUCGAGCGAGGGCAAUGAAUACACAACUUGGCAAGGAGGAAAUGAGUGCGUUUGUUCAUUUAAAGGUCACGGGGGAUCCCUAUGUGGAGGUGGCACCCGAGAUAAUUGUGCCACCGCAGGAUCUCAAGUUAAAACGUGGCGAAAGCUUUGCCGAACUGCAGUGUAUUGCGAAUGCUCGUCCAUUGCAUGAGCUCGAGAUGAUUUGGCUGAAGGAUGGAAUCGCUGUGGAAAAUGCUGGAAUUGCACACACACUCAACGAUCCCUGGAAUCGCACUCUGGUCCUGCAGCAGGCGAAUAGCUCACAUGCCGGCGAAUAUAGUUGCCAGGUGCGUUUACGUAGUGGCGGCUAUCAGACAGUAACUGCCACAGCGCAGGUCAUUGUCCUAGAACCACCCCUGUUCUCUAAUCCAAUGCGGGCAGAGACUUUUGGGGAUUUUGGUGGUCAGGUUUCGUUGCCCUGCGAUGUUGGCGGUGAUCCAAUGCCCAAAAUACAAUGGUUUCGAAAUGCGGAGCGGAUUGAAACGCAGCUACAAAGCGGCGGAUACGAACUGAAAGCGGAUAAUACGCUGAUAAUUAAAAAACUGACGCUCAACGAUGAGGGAAUGUUUCAGUGUCUGGCAAGCAACGAGGCCGGCGAGAAAUCCGCCUCCACCUGGCUACGAGUGAAAAGUAAGUCAACUUCGCUGCAGCCGCGCGUGAAGCGUUUGGCGCAACCGCGCAUCUUGCGGGUGAGAGCAUCGCAUGUCGGCAUGGGAUCGGGAUCGGGAUCGGGAUCUGGUACGGGCUCGCAAUCGGGCUCGAGAACGGGCAUGCAACCCGGCCAGGGCAUGGGCACGGUCUAUAAACGCAAGGAAUUUCGCUUUGCCUCGGCCCCGGUGAUGGAACAUCCGCCACAGAAUGUAACCGCAUUGGAUGGCAAAGAUGCGACUAUAUCAUGUCGUGCCGUGGGCGCCCCCAAUCCAAAUAUUACAUGGAUCUAUAACGAAACCCAACUGGUUGAAAUAUCGAGUCGAGUUCAGAUCCUCGAGUCGGGUGAUUUACUCAUCUCGAACAUAAGGUCCUCCGAUGCCGGUCUCUACAUCUGUGUACGGGCCAACGAAGCGGGCUCGGUCAAGGGCGAGGCCUUUCUGGGUGUACUAGUGCGAACACAAAUCAUACAACCGCCAGUAGAUACAACGGUAUUACUUGGCCUGACCGCGACGUUGCAGUGCAAGGUGUCCAGUGACCCGAGUGUGCCAUAUAAAAUCGACUGGUAUCGGAAGGGUCAAACGGCGCCCAUAAGCAACUCACAAAGGAUUGGCGUCCAGGCAGAUGGACAACUGGAGAUACAGGCGGUGCGGGCCAGCGAUGUUGGCGGCUAUGAGUGUGUCGUUACCUCACCGGGUGGCAAUGAGACGAGGUCGGCCCGUUUGAGCGUUAUCGAGUUGCCAUUCCCGCCCAGCAAUGUGAAGGUGGAACGUCUCGCGGAGCCGCAACAGCGCAGCAUCAAUGUGUCCUGGACACCGGGAUUCGAUGGCAACAGUCCAAUUUCCAAAUUUAUUAUCCAGCGACGUGAGGUCUCCGAGUUGGGUCCAGUUCCCGAUCCUCUACUUAAUUGGAUCACCGAAUUGAGUAACGUUUCCGCCGAUCAACGUUGGAUAUUGCUCGAGAAUUUAAAAGCGGCGACCGUCUAUCAGUUUCGUGUAAGUGCCGUUAAUCGAGUCGGCGAGGGAUCCCCUUCUGAGCCAAGUAACGUCGUCGAGCUGCCCCAAGAAGCACCCUCCGGACCGCCGGUAGGAUUUGUUGGUUCCGCCCGAUCCAUGUCGGAGAUUAUAACACAAUGGCAGCCGCCGCUGGAGGAGCAACGCAAUGGUCAAAUCCUGGGCUACAUUCUCCGCUACCGUCUUUUUGGAUACAACAAUGUGCCCUGGUCGUAUCAAAACAUUACGAACGAGGCACAGCGCAAUUUCCUCAUCCAGGAGCUGAUCACCUGGAAGGAUUACAUCGUACAGAUCGCAGCCUACAAUAAUAUGGGCGUUGGAGUCUACACCGAAGGGGCAAAGAUCAAGACCAAGGAGGGGAUACCAGAGGCACCGCCCACCAAUGUUCGUGUCCUGGCGUUGAACUCGACGGCGGCACAGAUUAGCUGGACACCACCGAAUCCGCAACAGAUCAAUGGCAUCAAUCAGGGCUACAAGAUUCAGGCAUGGCAACAGCAACACAUCGACGGCGAGCCGAGGGAUGUGGAGAAGCGCAUGAUGACGGUACCGCCGAGCCUGAUUGAUCCUUUGGCGGAGCAGACAACGAUAUUGAAUGGAUUGGACAAGUUUGCCGAGUACAACAUCAGUGUUCUGUGCUUCACAGAUCCGGGCGAUGGAGUGCCUAGUCAACAGGUGCCCGUGAAGACCAACGAGGAUGUGCCCGAUGAGAUAACGGCCCUGCACUUUGAUGAUGUCUCCGAUCGUGCUGUGACGGUACUCUGGGCACCUCCACGACAUGCCAACGGUCUGCUCACCGGCUACACGGUACGCUACCAGGUCCGAGAUCGUCCCGAAACCAUGAAGUCCAUUAAUCUGACGGCCGAGGAUACCCAAUUGACCGUAAAUCAACUGCAGGCGACCACACAUUAUUGGUUCGAGAUCUGCGCCUGGACACGUGUUGGCAGCGGUAUCCCCAAGACAGCGACCAUACAAUCGGGUGUGGAGCCGGUAUUGCCACAUGCACCGACUAGCCUGGCCCUGUCCAACAUCGAGGCCUUCUCGGUGGUCCUGCAAUUCACACCCGGCUUUGAUGGCAACUCGAGCAUCACCAAGUGGAAGGUCGAGGCACAAACGGCACGCAACAUGACCUGGUUUACCAUCUGUGAGAUCAGUGAUCCCGAUGCCGAGACCUUGACGGUAACCGGUCUCAUGCCCUUUACCCAAUACCGUCUCCGGUUGAGCGCUACGAAUGUCGUUGGCAGUUCACGUCCCUCGGAGGCGACCAAGGACUUUCAGACGAUUCAGGCCCGACCGAUGCACGCACCCUUCAAUGUCACCGUGCGAGCGAUGAGUGCCCAACAGUUGCGGGUACGUUGGAUCCCUCUACAGCAGACCGAGUGGUUUGGCAAUCCUCGGGGCUACAACAUCAGCUAUCGUCAGAUGGAGAGAAUUGCGGGGACGAUUAAAAGUGCACCGCGAAGUGUAUUCAUUGAUGAUCAUACGGCCAAUUCGCAUGUGCUAGAAUCUCUCGAAGAAUGGACCCUAUUUGAGGUGCUGAUGUUUGCCUGCAACGAUGUGGGAUGCUCACGGGCCAGCAAUCCGGCGGAGGAGCGUACCAGGGAGGCGACACCCAGCUACGGACCGUUGGACGUCCAGGCGAAUGCCACAUCCUCGACAACCGUUGUGGUGCGUUGGGGUGAGGUGCCGCGUCAGCAUCGCAAUGGUCAAAUCGAAGGGUUUAAGGUUUUCUAUGCUGCCACAGAUCGUCCAAACGCCGCACCCGUUCUUCACAAGACCAUACCGAAUAAUAGCUCCUUCACCACAACGCUGACGGAGCUCCAGAAGUACGUUGUCUAUCAUGUCCAGGUGCUGGCCUACACAAGAUUGGGCGAUGGCGCUCUGAGCACUCCACCGAUACGUGUCCAGACGUUUGAGGAUACACCGGGUGCUCCAUCGAAUGUUAGCUUCCCGGAUGUGACAUUCUCGAUGGCUCGCAUCAUUUGGGAUGUACCCGAGGAUCCGAAUGGCGAUAUAAACGCCUACCAGGUCACCUACACUCUCAAUGGCAGCGCCAAUCUCAACUAUAGUCGCGAAUUUCCACACACCGAUCGGACAUUCCGGGCGACAAAUCUUCUGCCCGAGCGUUAUUACAGCUUCAGUGUGACGGCUCAGACGCAUCUCGGAUGGGGCAAGACGGCAACGGUGCUGGUCUACACCACCAACAACAGGGAUCGUCCGCAAGCGCCGUCGGUGCCACAAGUCUCACGCAGUCAGAUCCAGGCACAUCAGAUCACCUUCAGCUGGACGCCAGGACGGGAUGGCUUUGCUCCCUUGCGGUAUUAUACCGUUCAGAUGCGCGAGAACGAGGGACCCUGGCAGCCGCUACGGGAGCGUGUAGAUCCCUCGCUGAGUUCCUACACGGCAUUGGGACUGCGACCGCACACAACAUAUCAGUUCCGCAUCCAGGCGACCAAUGACCUGGGCCCAUCGGCAUUCAGUCGGGAGAGCAUUGUGGUGCGCACAUUGCCCGCUGCGCCCGCUGUGGGAGUGGGAGGAUUAAAGGUCGUUCCCAUCACGACGACCUCGGUGCGCGUUCAUUGGAACGCCUUGGAGACGGGCAUGUGGAAUGGAGAUGCGGCAACUGGAGGCUAUCGCAUCCUGUACCAACAGCUCUCGGACUUUCCCACCGCACUGCAGUCGACGCCCAAGACGGACGUCAUGGGCAUCAAUGUGAACAGUGUGGUGUUAUCGGAUCUUCAGCAGGAUCGCAACUAUGAGAUUGUUGUGCUGCCAUUCAAUUCCCAGGGACCCGGACCAGCUACUCCGCCCGCUGCUGUCUACGUGGGUGAAGCAGUGCCAACGGGAGAACCACGUGCCGUCGAUGCGGCUCCCAUCUCGAGCACCGAGGUGCGUCUACGCUGGAAGCCGCCCAAGCAGAGCAUGCAAAAUGGCGACAUUCUCGGCUACAAGAUCUUCUAUCUGGUCACGUAUUCCCCGCAAGCUCUCGAAGUCGGUCGCAAGUGGGAGGAGGAGAUUGAGGUUGUCUCCGCCACAGCCACUUCGCAUAGUCUCGUCUUUCUCGACAAGUACACAGAAUAUCGCAUCCAGCUGCUGGCCUUUAAUCCCGCCGGAGAUGGACCUCGCUCAGCUCCUGUUACGGUCAAGACACUUCAGGGUGUUCCUAGUGCUCCCCUCAAUCUGAGAUUCUCCGACAUCACGAUGCAGAGCCUGGAGGUCACCUGGGAUCCGCCCAAGUUCCUCAAUGGCGAAAUACUUGGCUAUCUGGUGACCUAUGAGACCACCGAGGAAAACGAGAAGUUCAGCAAGCAGGUGAAGCAGAAGGUAUCGAAUACGACGCUACGUGUCCAAAAUUUGGAAGAGGAGGUUACCUACACUUUUACAGUGCGUGCCCAGACAAUUGACUAUGGGCCGGCGGUGAGUGAGAAUGUGACGACGGGACCACAGGAUGGUUCUCCAGUUGCACCACGUGAUCUCAUACUUAGCAAGACGCUGUCCAGCGUUGAAAUGCACUGGAUUAAUGGACCCUCUGGUCGUGGUCCCAUUCUCGGCUAUCUUAUCGAGGCGAAAAAGCGCGAUGAUUCGCGCUGGACGAAAAUCGAGCAGACAAAAAAGGGAACUAUGCAGGACUUUACGGUUAGCUAUCACAUUCUGAUGCCAUCGACAGCGUACACAUUCCGUGUGAUUGCCUACAAUCGGUAUGGAAUCUCGUUUCCUGUCUACUCCAAGGACUCGAUAUUGACACCAUCGAAAUUGCAUCUGGAGUAUGGAUAUCUGCAGCACAAACCGUUCUACAGGCAAACCUGGUUCAUGGUCUCCUUGGCGGCCACAUCGAUAGUCAUCAUUGUCAUGGUCAUCGCUGUGCUCUGUGUGAAAAGCAAAAGCUACAAGUACAAACAGGAGGCACAGAAAACGUUGGAGGAGUCGAUGGCCAUGUCGAUUGAUGAACGUCAGGAGUUGGCAUUGGAGUUAUAUCGUUCCCGUCAUGGUGUUGGCACGGGCACAUUGAACAGUGUGGGCACCUUGCGCAGCGGCACUCUGGGCACACUGGGCAGAAAGUCGACCAAUCGUCCGCCAACAAAUUUACAACUGGGCAAGAGUCCUCCACGUCCAUCACCUGCCUCGGUGGCCUAUCACAGCGAUGAGGAGAGUCUCAAAUGUUACGAUGAGAAUCCUGACGACAGCAGCGUGACCGAGAAGCCAUCCGAAGUGAGCAGUUCAGAGGCAUCUCAGCAUUCGGAAAGCGAGAAUGAGAGUGUGCGCAGCGAUCCGCAUUCAUUUGUGAAUCAUUAUGCCAAUGUGAAUGACUCGUUGCGACAGUCGUGGAAGAAGACAAAGCCGGUACGCAACUAUUCCAGCUACACGGACUCCGAGCCGGAGGGCAGCGCAGUGAUGAGCCUCAAUGGUGGCCAGAUUAUUGUCAAUAAUAUGGCCAGAUCGAGGGCGCCACUGCCCGGCUUCUCGUCAUUUGUCUGACAAUCAACCGAGUUCUAAGAUCUAAGCAACAGUAGCAGCAGCACCGUCAUAAGGGAGACUUUCGUCUGAAUCCUCCCUCCCUCCCAUCUUUCUCAAUCUUUUGACUGCAUCCGGAAAUGAGAAGAAGAUCCCAUUCAGUGUGUGGAGAGUAUGACGUAUGUUUGACUGUUGCUGCUGCGCUGCUUUGCUUUUAAAUGGACAAUUAGUUAUAGUAGCUCUAUCUAUACCUACGAUUAAUCUUAUUUAUAGUUUCUAGAACGAGAGAUCUGAGAUUUUUAAACAGCAUUUAAUUAUCAAAUGUUCCACUGACCCGACCCAGCCCCAAUUAAUUAUUAGAAAUAUUAUUAAACAAAUACGGCUUUUUUUUAAAAUUGUUUUAUACAUUAAGUAACUUAUUACCCAUUUGUUUAUUCCACUUACGUCCGUUGUCUGACACGCCCACUAACACUACUUAGCUCGUAACUGGCAUUUAUCAAAAGCAAAAACUUGUGAUACGUAAAUUUUUGCUUGACUUGUGUUCAAUGUGUGUGAAUUAUGAUUUGAUAGAUGUGAAUGAUUUUCUCCCCUUUCUCCUAAUUAGCCUUGCGCGCAAUCUCAUUAUAUUUAAUAUAUUAAACUAUAUUUUAUGAGACAACGACUUAACUCGCAAGAUAGGCAAACAAUAUAUUUAUUUCAUUUAGUUUUUCGUUGUCUUUGAUUUAAUUUAUAAAUUUUGAAAUAUAAUAUGAAGCGAAGGCAAAUAUAACUGAUGCAAUCAGUUGACGAAUGCAAAAAGCAAAGAGCAAAAACAGAAAACAGAACAAAGAA